AUGGAAGAGUUAAUAAAUACUUGGAAUGUAGAAAUUCUUACAGCUUUGAUGUUUACAUUGACUCUAUAUGUUUCCAAUGUAAUUACACCUUUAUUUUACAAAGAUUUUCAUAAAUUAGAGAAAAAAGAUAAAAUAGAAUGGAAUUCUAGAAUUGGAUCAAAUAUUAAUGCUAUAGUUUGCACAUAUGGUGCAUUAAAAUGUUUAUUUUUCGAGAAUUUAGCAUGGACUGAAAAUCCAUAUUAUGAUAUCUCACCAUCGAGUUCUUUCUAUAUGAGAUUUAUUCUCGGUUACUUUUUUUACGACACUAUUAUUCUAUUGAUCAAUCAUAGUCAGAUUGAUAGCGCAACACUCAUGCAUCAUUUAAUGGGUUUAUUAUUAUAUUAUUUAGGAAUUUCAAGGAAAUAUUGCCAUUUUGUAUUGGUAUCAUAUAUGUUAACAGAGGUUUCAACACCAUUUGUAAAUUUCAGAUGGUUCCUAUAUAGAACAAACAAGAGCAAAGAUUUCAUUUAUAUUAUCAAUGGCUUGUUGAUGGCUCUUGGAUUCCUGUUGGCCCGUGUCCUUUAUGCCCCAACAACCAUUGGUUAUGCAUUGAUUACCAAGUAUCCAUUGUCCUUGAACCUUCCUGGAUAUAUUUGGUGGGGAACCUACUUGGGUUGUGUGGCCAUUAAUAGUCUAAAUAUGUAUUGGGCAUACCUUAUAUUUAGAGGUCUCUAUAGAGCUAUGAAGAAACCACCAACAACAACAACAACAACAAUAUCAUCAGAAACAACAUUACAACAACCACCUCAAGAAAAAUCAUAUCAAUCAUGUUCAUCAUCAUCCUCAGCAGUGCACGCACAUGCUGCCUCAACCAACUACAACGACAACAAUACCAACCUUAUUAACAAUAUCCAUACCUAUAAUUCUUUUGCCAAUAACUCUACAUCUAAUUUACAUCAAUUCGAUUCAGAUAAUCAUCUUAAAAACGAUGAUUCGAUUUUAAUUAAUAACCAGAUAAUUAAAAAGAUCAAAACAAAUUAA